AUGGCUGAGAACUUCACACCAUCGACGAACAUUCGCAUUCAGUCCCGCAAUCAUAUCUCAGUGUUAGAUGACGAUCUAGCGGAUCUACCACCCAACAAAGACGUCCCAAGUCAGUUUCGCAACCACGCCCCAACAGCAAACCGCGAGCUACCCGUCCUCCUACCCAACAAAGAAAUCCUCGCCUCCGCCAUUCACAGGACAAACAUCGUCCGCUUCAUCCACCUCCUCUCCCACGCCAAAGCGCUAAUCACCUACCACGGCCCCUACACCACCCUCCCCGCCACAGCAGUCUUCUCCCGCUCCCUUCGACCACCCAAACCACCCAAACCCCCGUAUUCUUCCUCCUCCCCAACCCUCACAAACUUCGCCCUCUCCCUCGCCGCAGCCCAAGACAGCACCUACAGCGCCCAACCCGCCAGCUCCGCAAAAGACGACCUCAAUCUCUUCACCCUCCUCUGGGACAAUUCCAUCGCCGUCCUAGAAGAGAUCCUCUCCCGCGGCUCCCUACCAGGCGAGUCUUUCGGCUGGGGUAUCUUCGGUCUCGCGGCGGGGUAUAUGCAUCCUCCUACGCCUUCCCAAGAUCUCAGUGAGCAGAACAUUUUCCUGCAAAAUAAAGCUAGGUUACAUGCUGCGCUUUGUAUGAUGCCUUCGCUGGAGGGUGAUGGGCCGAGCGGGAAUGGGUAUAUGAGUAUGGGUAUGGGUAUGGGGAGUGGGAGGAGGACGACAGAAGGAUUGACAAGGGCGAGGAGGGAUAUACAUACCCUGGGCCAUAUUCUGUUGUAUGAGUUUAGGAAAGGGGAGUGGAAGAGGGUUAGGUGGGGACAUGCGGUUAAGGUUGCGGAGAGGUGGGUUGGGGCUUCUGGGUCGGAGAGUAGGGAAGGAGAGGGGGUUGGGAGGGUGGUGAGGAAAGAGGGGAAGGAGGAGGCGAGCGAAGAGGUAAGGAGGGAAGAGUGGAAGAAGAGGAAUGGGAAAUGUGUUACUUUUGAGUUUCCUUGA